UUCAGCUUUUGUGCAGGCCCGGUUCCACGGCCACCUCGGGCCGCCACCUGGUCCAACCCACAUCGACUGCCCUAGGCCCCAUCGUCAUCUCAAGAGGGCCUUGGCUGGGCAGCAUGAGGUGCCGGAAUGCUGCGAGGGGAAAAGAGCCUGAGCAGUGCCGAAGUUGUCGAUUGGCGUGUGAGGUGAGCCUUGCUUCGCCCAUCUGCUCGGCCUCAAUGGUUUACUUUGGUGGCCUCUUUCUUUGCUCCUCGCCUGCUGGCACCACCUCCAUCAUCCGACAAAAGAGCUGCGGGUGCUUUGUGCCAGAGCCCUCCAACCCCAUGAUGAAUCCACCACCCAUCCAUCCACUUCACUUCCCCCCUGUUAGCUCUCUCCGACUCGCUUCUUCUGUACCAGAGGUGUUAGCGCUGCGAGACGACGACGGAGAGGGGUGAAUGCAGAAGUUCAGAGGGUAGAGCAAAAGGUGGGAAAAGCAUAAUUGCGGCGCCAGCUCCUCGUUGCAAGCCUCUUGCGGACGCCAUCGUCGGCCGUCGUCAAGCUUCUCCAUGUUGUGAGACGACUUCUGCAAUUACAUGCUUCCCCUCUCUUGGUCUCUUUGGAACAUCUCCACUUCUCCCAG